GAACCAUUUGCUGUUUGUCUUUUUCGUGAUUAAGUUCGAAUUUUUCGUUAAAAAUAUUGUUUUAAAGCGCCGUUCUGCUCUACUGUGCAUUUAUAGCCGCUGGAUAAUAAAUUCCGUGCAAUUUAAAACAAUAAAGAAAAACGGAUAUAUUAUCGAUCUUUGUGGCGGGUACCACUUAAAAGACUCGAUUGUGUCAGUUUGUAUAUCAUUAUAACAUUUGAUUUGGAUGAAUAGCUGGUAUUAGAUUUAGCUUCAAGUGGCAGUUUGUGAUAAACGACCGUUUUUUUGUUAAUAAAAUGGUGUGAAUGCAGGAAGUCCAACGAACGAUUAUAAUCAAAUUUAAAAGUAAAGGAAUAACAGUGACAAACUAAGUGCUAAUAAUGUUUAAGCUUUGCCCUGCAAUCACAAUCCUACUACUUCCACUCGUCCACUCACUUGGUGUCGAAACACCGGAACCGGAAGCAUCACUUAAACCGAGACAUUUCAACCCUCACCCGUACCAAUAUGAAAGGAACACUUUGCAAAACAUAGACUACCAGCCAUCCGAGUCGAAUACAUUGCGAAAUCCGUCACCGACAAAUGGCAUUUACAGUCAGGGACCAGUACAAUUUCCAUCAAAUGAUGAUGAUUACAAUGACAAUAAUUUGCAAAAUCUGCCACAUCCGUACGAACGAUUAGCGUUAAAGUCACGAGCAACAGUUCGACCGAGUGCCAGACGCUUGGACUACGACGACUUAUCGUCAUCGGUUUCGAAGAAACAUUAUGCCUUCUCAUAUACGGUGCGAGAUGCAUCAUCGGGCGAUGAUUUUUCUCACACACAAAAACAGGAAGACGGUGCUGUGAAAGGAAGCUAUAAAGUCCAGUUGCCCGAUGGACGAACCCAAGUUGUUAAAUAUACCGCCGACAAUAAUGGUUACAAUGCUCAAGUUACUUAUUUGGAAGGACAAGUUCAAGGCGAUUAUGCAGUGCAAUCAACUCAGUCUCCAACUCUGGCUCCUGCUCUAGCGUCAGCCCAACCGAUUUACAACUACUACAAGACGCUCCAGGACCAUCAAUUGCAAAAUAACCAUGGAAAUUAUAGAGAUGAUGACUAUUCUGACAAUAGAAUCUACAAUCAUUACAAUGUCUAUCCAACGACCACACCUACUCCCUAUUAUGCACACUCUGAAGCUACCCCACUUGGACAUUAUCGGAACCACAUUCAAAAUGUCGAUAUAAAAACAUACAACACAGCACCACAUCAUUCAGCUGAAAGAGAUGCUACAGUCAAUAGGGUCCUCAUUUUUCCGACUACGCCGGCACCUUAUACCGACGUAAAUGUACUACCAACUCCAAGAACUCUUGUCUACUCAACUAGUUCACCAUAUCGGAGUGUUGUUAGUCAAAAAUCAACAAAUGUGUUGCCCGGUUAUCGCUACUACGUUGACUAUGACUAUAAUGCUGAUGGGCAAGCAAGUUCAUCUAAAAAUUCGUACACCAAUUCGAAUACCGCAUUGUACUAUAAAGCAAAGAAAUAAAAAUAUGAACCAA